ACGAGUGAGACAUAGACGCCGAGUCCUCCGCUCUCAUCGGACCAUCGGUUUUGUGCUUCUAUACUCUGAAGGAAAAGGAAACCGGGGACGGUUACUGGAAGACCCCUAGAUAGAUCGCACCGAAUAUCGCCUUCUUCAUCUCCAAGAACCCCCGACGACUCGCUCUCCCUCUCGCGCUGUCGCGUCACAAUCAUCGCGUGUGUGUCGUAUCGGAGGUCCCGCUCAGUCGGUCGGUCGGUAGCAAGAUCGAAGAUCCACCAGCAGCCACACCACCGCCAGUAGUCACCGAGAAGUCGCGAGCGAGUAGACAAACGAGUAGUGCGCGGGGUUGGCAGUGUGCUCCGGGCCCGAUACUAGUUUUAUUGUGUAUUUCGCGUUACUGUCGAUUGUACGUACGUGUGUAUUAUACACGCGCGUUUUUUCGGUGCGACGACAACGGCAAUCCCAGCAGGCAGCUGAGCCGUGAGUGAGGCCUACCCCCAAAAAGUGGCCUUAGCUCCUCUCCAGUGUACACACGGAGAGCGCCGCGGACGGAGUUUUCUUCCGACUUCGUUUUAUCUGGACACACGAUAAACAACAACAACAACAACAGAAAACGUGUGAUAACGGAAAACAAAAGCAAAGUGACAGCAAAAGAUUAAAAGAUCGUAGGUGGCGCUGACAAAAUAGAAGAAACGCAAAUUCGUGCAGAAACAAAAAAUAGUGUCGCAACUCUUGAGCGUGUGGUGUAGUGUGCGGCGCAAAUGUGUGAAAUCCUGAAAACACGGAGAAGAACAAAGCGACAAUGAUUGCGAAAUGAUUCUCGGAAAUUGAGUGAAAAGCAUUCGGAGUGAUCCAACAAAAGCGGAUCAAAGUGAAGCGAGAGAGAAAAAAUAAUAAUCCAAAAUUCCGAUCUGAUUUUUACAGAUCUCGUGGAUACACAACACACCUGUGGUGCCAAAACCCGAAAAAGAAAAAAAGAAAAGUUUCAAGCCGAAAAAAUUAUAAACAAGUGUUCUCCCCCGAGUUAGAAAAUAAUAAUAAAAAAAAGAGCAACAGAGGAGAAAGGAAGUGGCGAAAAGAAAAAUAUUGAAAGUGUACAAUAAGUUACACUGGGAAAAAAAAGUGCGACUGGCAGGAGGAAAAAAAUUCGGCAGUGCGGUCGUGAAAAUUUUGUGAACGAUAAUAGCGGACCUCGCGGAAAAAAAAGACAACAGGACGAGGACGGCAACGGCAAUCCGCGAAGCCUGGCAGGAGCAGUAGUAGUAGUAGUAGUUUUUCCUUUCCGGGUUUUUCGUUCCGCUCCGGUGUGACAGUUGCUGAGUUUUGAACUUUCAACAAGAUCGAUUAUAGAUACGAACAGCAACAGCAGCGCAAACGAACAACAUGACACCCAUCAUCAGCCAGCUGUUGCACGGCUAGGCCGUCCCCAUCUCGUAAAUUCCCAUCGAAUCGCCCCUCGAAAAUCCCAGUCGAUUGAACCGCAAAGCCCUCCCCCCUCCAAACAAUCGCGCCCAAAUGGUUAUGUCGCCAAGUAGACGACUAUCAUCGCCAGGAAUCGCCACGCAUCCGAUGAAUAUGCAUUUGAGCUCGCUGCAACACUCCCAGCUGCAAUUGUCCUCUCAAAUGCAUCAGAAGUUGGCCGCCGGACUGACGCCGAAUCAUAUGAGUGGAUUUUUCAAGAGUCCAUCCACCUCACCCAGCAGCGCCAAUGCUAAUAUGAGCAACCACAACAACAAUAACAACAAUCACCAUCACAGCAGCAAUAAGUCCCAGAGCAACGGUAACAAUAAUAGCAGCAGCAGCGGCAGUGGCAGUAACAACAGCACACCAACCAGUAUGCCAUCGGCAACCGAACUAUCGUCGCACCCCUUGAACCGCCUGCAAUCGAUGCAGCCGUUCGACUUUCGCAAACUGAGUGCAGCAGCCGCCGGGUUGAGCGCCUUCACAGCUGGCCUUCCGCCACCGAGACUCAGCCCGGAAGCAGCCGCCGCGCAGCAUCACUUCAACCAGCAACAUGCCGCUGCCGCCGCAGCCUACUCUCACGCUACGGCCAAACGUCGCGACUCGCAAGCUUCCGACUCAUCGGUAAGCUCACGCGAACACGCCGCCGCAGCUGCAAACUUCAUGAAUCUCACCAUGGGCGGGCAUGGGCUGCCGUUCUCGAUCCCGCCACCACCACCCCCAUCUUCGGUCGCCAUGUCCCUGGCCAACUCCCUGAACCACUCGGCCGCUGCCAUGGCCGCCGCCGUUUCCGGUAAUCCCCUUGCCGCCAGUUUCGUAGCACAGUCCUUCCCGAAUCUGCUGGCAGCGUCGGCGGCUCGCGAACAAGCUCGCAGCAAGUCACCUCUAUCCUCGCACCACAAACUCCAGCACAAGCAGGAUAAAUCUUGCGACAAAUCGGACCACGAAAAGAACCACCAUUCCAGCAGUGGUGAGAAUGUCCUCAACCUCAGUCGGGAUCUAGCUGCACAGCACCUAGCCCGCCAGGGCAUUCCCGGUCAUGUCAGUCGGCUUGCCGCUGGCCUUCCGCCAGGAGCGCACCUCAAGAAACCCCAAUCGCCCAACAAACGCCAGUGGGGAGCUCUGCCUCCCAACCUGGGUACCCAGUUUGUCAACCCAGCGACCGGCAAGAAACGAGUCCAGUGCAAUGUCUGCUUCAAGACCUUUUGUGAUAAGGGUGCCCUGAAGAUCCACUUCUCGGCCGUUCACCUUCGCGAGAUGCACAAGUGCACCGUCGAGGGCUGCAGCAUGAUGUUCAGCUCCCGGCGGUCCCGCAACCGUCACAGCGCCAACCCCAACCCGAAACUCCACUCGCCACACCUCCGGCGGAAGAUCUCCCCUCACGAUGGACGCAGUGCUCAACCCCAUCCCAUCCUGCUCCCAUCGGCCGGAAUGCCACUACCCAACGGUCUGAAUCAUCUCCAUCCGUUUGCACCGUUCCCGUUCCCACCGGGAGAUAUGCGUCACCCAUCGCUCUCGGCCUUGGAGUUCAAAGCCAAUAUGGAAGCUAGCAUGCACCGUCGCCUGCAGGAACAGGAAAAACAUCGCGAAAGCCAGCGGCAAUCGCUCAGUCCGGAGAACUACCGUUACCGUAGUCCACUGGGCGGUGAUUCGGACAAAUACCUCUCACCUGGCGGUCACCAUCUCAGCGUCGGUGGCGGCAGCUCCAUCGGUAGUCACCUGGACGAUGACGACGACGACGAUGACGAUGAUCCCAACGGAAUCGUUAUCGACGGAAACGACGAUGACGAUGACGUCGAACAUGGCUUCGACAUGUCACUCAGUUCGGAAUCGGAAGAUGUGAAAUCGUUCCGCCAUUCGGGAACUCCUGAAGCGGACUACGAAAACGAGCGACUGCGUCACGAAGAACGGCGGCGAUCGACGGACGGUGGCGAUGAACCGCAGGAUUUUAGCUUGACCAAGCUGAAGUCGGAGAAGCUAUCGGUUUCGAGCGACGGAGACGAAGUGGCGAGCAACGUGGACAGCAAUGAAGAUUCGUCGGUGAACGAUUCGCACGUGGCAUUGAUGUCGAUCAACAAGCGAAAACGGAAGAGCAUGAAUCCAACAAAGUGUGCAAUUCCACUGGAGAGCAUGUCGACCGGAUCAGGUCACAUGUCCGACGAGAACGACGACAAGGAAGCAGAAGAUGAAGAACAAGCCGAACCGUUGAUCAAGAAGAUCAAGGUGGAACAGGAGCAACAGGAAGAAGCUUUGUCGCUGGUGAAUGAUAAACGGGACAGUUCAGUAUCGCCAAAACCCAACGGCGAAAGCAAUCACGUGGACGACGAUGACAACGACGAGGACGAAGAGGAAUCACCUGUGACGAUCAAGUCGGAACCGAGUGAGCAUCAGGAUGAGGCUGAGAAUCUAUCGCUGGAUCUGUCGAAGAAGCGUUCGACGCCGGACGUUAACGCCAAUGAAAAGUUUACCAAAUAUUCGAUAGAUGUCAAGCCGGCUUCUGAGUUAAUGGCGAACCCAAUGUCGCUGGUGCGCCCAAAGAAGGAAAACGAGGCUGAUCCGGAAGCGGAAGAUCUUCGCCGACCGGGUUCCGCCGACAGCAAAAAGAGCGGCGAGAGUCUGGAUUCGGCAAAUACGUUGCGGCGGUUGGAGAACUUGUCGCACGGUCCGCUGAACGAGAUGAUGAUGCAACGAGGUGGCCUGCCGCAGUUCCCUCCGUUGAGCUAUCUCAUGAAUGCUGCCCCACCAAGUCCGGCAAGAUCGAGGAGUACAUCGCCGAAUCCUGCCGGCAGUCCUCAUCAUCAGCAGGACAUAGACUCCGAUGACAACGUAGACUACUGUGAAGAGGGUAACUGCUUCAACGAUCCCAAUGUACCUCUCGAUAAAGACCCAAAGAAGUGCUCCGCCUGUGGUCGGAUGUUCCAGAAUCACUUUGCCGUGAAAGCUCACUAUCAAAACGUGCACCUGAAACUGCUGCAUAAGUGCAAUAUCGAUGGCUGUAAUGCGGCGUUCCCUUCGAAGCGUAGCCGCGAUCGUCAUGCGUCCAAUCUGAACCUGCACCGGAAGCUGCUCUCGACCAGUUCCGAUAGCAGUGAAACUGUCCUUCCCAUGGAGAAACAAUUUCCAUCAUUCCCCGGUCCAUUGCCGACGGAAUUCCUCGCCCGACUGUACGCCGAUUCGCAGAAGUUCCCCAUGAACUUGGAAGCCUUCAAGAACCACCUUCCCAAUGCUGGAGCCUACGCCGAGCACUUCCUCAAUGGUGGAGGUCAACGGUUCCCUCCGGCAGCGGCCAAUCCGUUCCUGUUUCCCCCUUUGGGAGGUUUGGGUGGAUUCCCAGGCCUGUCGCAGUUCUCCCAUCUUCUCCCGCACCCCCUGAACGGUAUUUCGUCGCAACUGGCCGGUGGCCGAAUGUCCCGCUCGGAUUCUCCCAUCUCAGCGUGUUCGCCGCCGACCUCUAGCAGCAACAUUCCAUCGCCACGGUCCCACCAUCAGGAUCAGCAGGACCAGCACUCGGCUGCGGUGGCGGCGGCUCUGCUGAGCCGGAACCGCUCGCCCGCGGCCACACCUGCCGAGGAAGCCCGCAAAGGGCAGCGGACGCCCGACUCCCUAUCGUGACCGCCUACGCCGACAAACUCGCUGGAAUCCACGAGCAUCUGGUGAAUCCGGCUCUAAUCUAAACAUAAACUAGACUUAAUUGAUGCGCAGCGCGCAAAGCAAUGUUAUCUCUCUCUCGAUGGCUCUCUUUCCGAGCAAUGAAGCAAUUUGAGAAUAAAGAAAAAAUAAAGGAAAACAAAACACGGCCGAUAGAAAUUAAUUCAAUUUAUUGAGCCGAUUGAUGGGUGGACAACGCAAGAGGAAAUUCCCCCGUCUCUCUUCGUCUGUCUCAUCUUGAAAAGAAAACGUGAUCUCGUUUGACUCUCUUUUUUUAUUAUUUUGUAAUUAAACUUAUCGCGUAAAUUAGGUUCUGUUUAUCUGGACUCUUUUUUUUACUAUUUCGGAAGCGGCAAACUGAAAGUGAACCAUCAAAACAGAACCAGUAGCCGCUGGAGUAAAUUGAGGUUAGAGACAUAAAUCACACUUUACUAAAGUGCCCAGUGAUAUAACUUUAAUUAAUUGAUUAUUUUCGACGCUAAAAGUCUAUUUUCCAAGCAAAUAAAAAAAACGAGUGGAGAACCCCGGUUAUUGCCAGCGGGACUCAAUUCUUUCGGUGUAUGGGAGAAGCGGGACAAAAUCUGAUUUCGAAUAAUUUGUUUACAAUUAGAAUUACGGAAGAAUUUUUUAGAGAAAAAAAAACUAACAUUCAAACACAGAAAAGUAGCUUUUGUAAGGCCGUAAGUGUAAGCUUCUCCAGUUCCUAAACAGAAAAUCUCUGCUAUCUUAAUUAGCCCAUGUGUAAUUUAUGCCCAAAAACAGCAAAAGCAAACUGAUCAACGAAGAAAUGAUAUUCAUUUUAUGAUUUUUUUUUUGUUCACAAAUAAGUACCUAUUUUUUAAACGAAAAGAUUAUUUCAUCAAAACUGUCACCAACACCAAAUUCUUCCACGAACUAAACCUAGUAUUUAAGUGUGCAAGAGGUCAAACAAAAUCCUAGCGAGCAAAGAAAACAAAGAAACCUAUCGAGAUAAUGGUGGAAAACGAAGAAACUCUGUAGUUUAAGCAUUGCGGUAAGAAGCAAGUGGAGCGAAUCUUUUCAUUUUUUGUACCUUAACUAUUUUUUAGAAGGCAUGUCAGCUGCAUGUGGAAGGUAAUGCAACUGCAAAAAGGAAUCAAUAAUAAAAUGUGCAAUAUGUUCGUCCUCUUUUGUGCUCUAGAUAAAUGAUAUAGUCUCUUAGGGUAGUUGUAAUGAUACGCAUAGUUACAAUACUUUCACAAUUUUAGCGGUUAAGACAGCAAGAAUACAAAAACCAAGUAGAUUUUAUCAGUCUAAAACAAUGAUAAAAAAAAGCAUGAAACAUAUGAUAAACAAGAUUUUACUCUCUAGGCAAAAUGAGAUCAAAGCAAAACACAUAAACCCCCGUAAAUUCUGUAAAUAGUCUAUUAUAAAUAUUGAACUAUAAAGGCGUAGAUAAUUACAGCAAUUGAUAUUAAAGGCUAAGCGAAGCAUCAUUCUAAAUGAAGCUAUCCACGUCACACAAACACACUCGACACAGAAACAAGUUACACAGUAAUGUAAAAAUAGGCAUAAAGCAAAACUUAUCCACAUGAAGAAAAAAAAAACAAAAACAAAUGCAAGUUAAAAUAUCAAAAAUAUCAAUAAUUAUACGAGCAAAACAACCAAGUAUCAAAAUAAGGUAACCAUCGCUGAAAUUCUCAACCCACACACUCACAGAACAUGUUUAAUUUGUUUCCGUUUUUAAGCAACUUGUUGGAAAA